CAGCAUGACAAACAGCAGUUUACGUUAGGUGUUACUGGUGUGUCGUUAGGUCUUUACUGACUUGUAGAAACCCCUGAAUAGCAGUUUUUAAAUUGACUCAGUAUGUCUAGUGAUGGUUACUUCAUGUAUUUUGCUUUUGGGAGCAAUUUGUUGAAGGAACGGCUUCAGCUAAAAAAUCCAUCUGCGACAUUUUAUUCUACUGGUCGACUGAAGGAUUAUGUCCUGAGGUUUGGUUUGUGGGGAGAGAGGGUGCAGUGCAGGUGGAACGGCGGAGUUGCCACCAUUGAAGAAAACCCAGGUGCAGAGGUGUGGGGAGUAGUCUGGAAACUCAGCAAGGACAACCUUGCCUCUCUAGAUAAACAGGAGGAAGUGUACAGUCCCAUGGAGGUGAGUGUGGAGACAGACAGUGGACUGUUGGCCUGUCGGACGUACCAAAUGAACAACUUCAGUGCCUGCCUGCCUUCUCCCCAGUACAAGCAGGUACUGUGCCUUGGUGCCCAACAGAACGGCUUGCCCCUGGAGUACCUCAAGAAACUGCAAGACGUGGAGACUAACAACUACAGCGGGCCAUCAUCCAUCAUGGACGAGAUCAAACUUGUGAUGAACUAGCAGGGAUGUACCCGAGUAAGGAGACUCAUGACGUCCGUUCGGCCUUCGACGUCCCUCCCCUGAAAAUGGUGCCACACAUCACGGCAGGAGAAUCAGUUUGCUUUCUGAUCGGUUUGUUCUCCUCCUCCCUCCAGAAAUGGUUCUCAUAGUGUCCUUUUUCUUAUCUGAUUUCUUUUUUAUUAAUGGGGGAGGGGGUCAUUGGAGGUGAGUUGGAACAGAGGCCCUGAGGAACCAGUUUGGGUUUGCAGACAUGGAAGGGGCCAGGCAUUGGUUUGAUUCCCUUGGACUGGAGUCCAGGGAAGUGUGUCAAGCACUGGAUAAGUGUUAAGGCCAACGCCCGCUGGUGGCGCCUGACACACAUCAAGUGAUGCCAAAGUUUAGAGCUCCGUGACUCUGUGAAGUCCACUGGCGGCGUCUGAUGUGCAUUGACAAAGUUUAGACAUUUGUUCCAUCUCUUGAGCGUCAAAUCCAUAGACACGAAUGUCGCCGCCAGUGGGCGUUGGCCUUGAUGUUUUUUUCUUUCCUCAUAAAUGAUCCAUUGCACAAAAAUGUAUUCAUAAUGACGUAGACCCUCCAGAUCUCUCAGGACAUGAAUGUUGUACAUAAGACUCAACUCCAUGAACAAAAACCUAGCUAGCACAGCUAAAGUUUAUUUGAACAAUCAUCAGUGUCAAGUUGUACAGGGAAAAUAACUCAAGUAGCAGCUCACACAAGAGAUCUGAAUCCUUUCAGAGCACUGUCAUAAUGCUUGUUUUUAUCCCUAAUAAUGUAAUCAUUAACUACCUUUGCAGACCACCUGUUCUCUAUAGAAAUAAAAGACACAGACAGGACUACUGAACUGAAUUAAUGAUAUUUAGUAAAUUGGUAUAGUAUUGGACUAUGAUCCAUAAUAUUAAUUUUAAACUCAUCAUAGUCAUUAUGUCACCUGUUAUUGAAGUGUUCGAUGAUUUUCUUGCAGGUGUACAUAACUUUGUUUUCAUUUAUAUACAGUAAAAGUUUUUAAGCUGCAGUGGUCUUAUUUGAUUAAAUGACUAAGCACAAAGUAAA